CCCUGGGCCGCUCCGUAUGGACAGCACAACUUCGCUCCGCCGCCGCCGCCGCCGCAGCAGCAGCAGCAGCCCUGGGCCGCUCCUUAUGGACAGCAGCAGCAGCAGCAGCAGCCGCAGCAGCAGCGCUACUUCGGCUUCGGCGUGCAGCAGCAGCAGCCACGGCAGUCGGCAUGGUCGUCGCCGCCGCCGCAGCAGCCGUAUCACUUCAAACGGCGUACGCCGCCGCAGCAGCAGGAGCAGCAGUACCAGCAGCAGGCGUGGUCUCCGCCGCCGUCGACGCCGCCGCGGCCUUCCGCUCCGGCGCCGUACGACAGUCCGGAUUAG